AUGGGGAAGCUCGACGAUGAAGGGGUCCCCGAGGCUGUUCCGCUAACUCGACAGCGGUCGGCCUCCGUGGCAUCGAACACAUCCUCCGAUUCGGGCCUCUCGGUCGCAUCCGCAGCCUUCCUCGAUGCUCACAAGGGCGAGUUCUCGGCCGGGGUAGAUGGAGAGGGGGCAGGACAACGAUACCGAGACUUAGAAGAUGGGACAGAACCUGGGCUGGACGAGCCAUUCCUCCCAUCCAGGAAGACCAAGUCUUCGUCCGGCCGUCGCUGGUGGCUGUUCGGUCUGCUUAUAUGCGUGGUCAUGGCCAGUGGCUGGAUCGUUGCAUUCGUCUUCUUCCUCGUACAGGGGCGGUCCAAUGCAGCGGCGAUUUCCUCCCCCUCCACGGUCGAAGUGCAUGAGCCGGACUCUGCAACCGGCAGUACCAGCUAUGGAAAGCCGGUGACACUCGAACAGGUGCUGACGGGCCAUUGGUUGCCGCAGUCUCAUGCGAUUGCGUGGACCGCUGGCUCUAAUGGCGAAGAUGGGCUGUUGAUCGAGCAAGGCGAGCACGGAGACGGAUACCUGCGUAUUGAAGAUAUUCGCAGUCGCAAGGCCGGAUCGGGUGGCUCUGCUGCUAAAGUCUUGAUGCAAAAGUCGCAUUUCUGGGUUGGCACCCAGUUCGUCAUGGCGUCCAAGAUCUGGGUGAGCCCCAAUCACGAGAAAGUUUUGGUGCUUUCUGAUUAUGCGUCGAACUGGCGGCAUUCGUAUUAUGGCAAUUAUUGGAUCUUUGAUGUCGCAACCCAGACAGCCGAGGCGUUGGACCCGGAUAAUCAUACCGGUCGCAUUCAGUUGGCUUGGUGGUCGCCCGAGUCUGAUGCUGUCGUAUUUGUUUGGGAGAACAAUGUUUACCUGCGCCAAUUGUCUUCGUCCAAGGCCAUUCCCGUCACCACGGAUGGUGGCAAGGAGGUAUUCAAUGGCGUUCCGGACUGGGUGUACGAAGAGGAGGUUCUCUCUGGCAACGGGGCCACUUGGUGGUCGUUGGAUGGCAAGUACCUUGCGAUGCUGCGGACCAACGAAACCGACGUCCCCGAGUAUCCUGUUCAGUACUUCCUCCACCGACCUUCUGGUACGGAAGCCCCGGCUGGGCUGGAGAACUACCCCGAGGUGCGGCAGAUCAAGUAUCCCAAGGCCGGCACCCCCAAUCCCAUUGUCAAUCUUCGUUUUUAUGACGUGGAGAAGCAUGAACUUUUCUCCAUCGAGAUGCCGGAAGACUUUGAGGAUGACGAUCGAAUCAUUAUUGAAGUCGUCUGGGCUCCCGAGGGCAAGGUUCUGAUCCGCGAGACAAACCGUGAAAGCGACAUCGUCAAGAUAUUCUUGGUUGAUGCUAAAUCUCGAACCGCCAAGCUCGUUCGCUCGACCGACAUUGCUGCUUUGGAUGGUGGCUGGGUCGAACCCUCUCAGUCGACGUGGAUCAUUCCGGCCGAUCCCAACAAUGGCCGACCGGAGGCCGGCUAUAUUGAUACCGUGAUACAUGAAGGUUACGAUCAUCUUGCGUACUUCUCUCCACUGGAUAGCGCCGAGCCUGUGAUGCUCACUUCAGGAAAGUGGGAAGUCGUCCAGGCGCCCACCUCAGUUGACUUGAAAAAGAAUUUGGUCUACUUCGUCGCUACCAAGGAGGGUCCAACACAACGCCAUGUGUAUCAGGUCAAACUUGAUGGCUCUGAUCUUCGCGCAUUGACUGACACUUCGAAGCCGGGCUACUACGGCGUGUCGUUCUCGGACGGUGCAGGAUACGCGCUCCUGAGUUACAAAGGACCCGCAGUUCCCUGGCAAGCUGUGGUCAGUACCCAAGACAGCACGAUGAAGAAGGAGAUUAUCAUCGAGGAGAAUAAACAACUCGCCCAGAAAGUUGAAGACUUUGCGCUUCCUGCAGAGGUAUAUAGUACGGUGACUAUUGAUGGGUUCGAACUUCAGGUGGUUGAACGGCGACCUCCGCACUUCAACCCGAAGAAGAAGUACCCAGUACUCUUCCAUUUAUAUGGCGGACCUGGUUCCCAAACGGUCGACCGCAAGUUCGCAGUAGACUUCCAAUCCUACGUUGCCUCCAGCUUGGGGUAUAUCGUUGUCACGGUGGAUGGUCGUGGAACCGGCUUUAUCGGUCGCGAGGCUCGGUGCAUCGUUCGCGACAACCUGGGUUACUAUGAAGCGCGUGAUCAAAUCGAAACAGCCAAGAUAUGGGCCGACAAACCCUAUGUCGACGAAAGCCGGUUGGCUAUUUGGGGCUGGAGCUUUGGUGGUUUCAUGACCCUGAAGGUCCUUGAACAGGAUGCGGGACAGACGUUCCAGUAUGGUAUGGCCGUCGCACCGGUGACAGACUGGAGAUUCUACGACUCCAUUUACACCGAGCGUUAUAUGCAUCGACCCCAGAAUAACCCCGCUGGCUACGACAAUUCAACAAUCAGCGACGUCGCAGCAAUGGGCGAAAAUACUCGAUUCCUCAUCAUGCAUGGUGUGGCCGACGACAACGUCCACUACCAGAAUACUCUCACAUUGCUCGACAAACUGAACUUGCAAAACAUUGACAACUGGGACAUGGUGAUGUACCCAGAUUCAGAUCACAGCAUCUACUUCCACAAUGCACACACCAUCGUCUAUGAACGCUUGUCGAGCUGGCUCAUCAAUGCGUUCAAUGGUGAGUGGCACCGCAUUGCCAACCCCAAGCCUAUUGAGUCGUCCUGGAAGCUGGCCAAGCGCUUUGUAGCCAGUAGACUAUCCUUUACAUCAUGA